GGGGACAUGCCCGACCUAAGGCUCGGCUGCACAUCGGGGGCGGAACCCAGGGGGGCAGGCAUCGGCCCGCAGUGGCCGAUGCAUCGCAGGCGGGGGGCAGUCGAGCUGGAGUCGGCGACGCGUGGCGACACAGAUUGGCGACAGGACCCCGACAGCGAAGCCGUACGCUCCUGGGCCCGGGGGCGCGGCGCCAGGGUCUCGCUGCGGCUCCGGGCGGACGGCUCCGGCGAGCGCGUCUUCGUGGACCCGCAGGGGCGGGAGCGGGUGUUCCACGGCACGAAUGUGGUCGUGAAGGGCGCCCCCUGGCUGCCGCGGCUCGACCACUUCGACCCCCUGACGUCGCUGGUGCAGCGCGACUUCGACUUCUUGCUCGACGCCGGCAUCAACCUGAUCCGCCUCGGGGUGAUGUGGCCGGGGGCCGAGCCGGCAAGGGGCGAGUACAACGAGACGUACUUCAGCUCGGUCAGGGAGAUCGUGAAGACAGCGGGCUCCCGGGGGGUCUACGUCUUGCUGGACAUGCACCAGGACCUGCUCUCGGAGCACUUCUGCGGGGAGGGCAUCCCCUCGUGGGCCGUGGAGCCGCUGAAGAGGCACUGGGAGCGGUUCCCUGUCCCGCUGUGGGCCAGGCCCGUGGAGCCUGGGGCCGACGGCUUCCCGACGCGGCAGGACUGCGCUGAGAUUUUCAGCGAGAACCCCUUCUCCCACGGAUGGGCGACGGGCCAGGGCACCAUUGCUGCGGGCCAUGCGUACGACAGCCUGUUCCUCAACGUGAACAACAUGACGGAGGCCUGGGGGGCGUUCUGGGCCAAGACCGCGUCCGCCGUGAAGGGGCUGGACAACGUCCUGGGCUUCGAGCUCAUGAACGAGCCCUUCGCCGGGGACCCGUUCACCCACCCGCUGCUCCUGGAGCCUGGUCGUGCGGACCGGGAGCGGCUGCAGCCUGCUUACGACGCGGUGGUGCGGCACAUCCGCGCGGUGGACGACGCCACGCUGGUGUUCUUCGCGGGCGUCACCUGGGACAACGUCCACCCCGCUGGCUUCACCGCGGCACCUGGCGGGGCUCAGGAUAGGGCGAAUCGCUCGGUCCUCUCGUACCACUACUACGUCCCCCCCCAGGGCAGGGACUUUGAGGCCUACCUGCGCACCCGGCGCCAGGACGCCACGCGGCUGGGAACUGGUCUCAUGAUGACGGAGUCCUGCUGCGAGCAGCUGCACGACCUCGCGGUCCCCGCUCUCGGUGCGGCGGGCCACUCCUGGAUCCACUGGGAGUGGAAGGACUGGUGCCGGGAGGACCUCGACGACGCCUCCAGGGCCUCCUCGUCGCAGGGCGCCGCGUGGGGGGCCUGCAAGACGGGCUUCGGGGCCGGGCCCUGGUCCGAAGUGCCCUACCUGCCGGCGGUGGCCGGCACGCUCGGGGGGACCGCGUGGAACGCGAGCACGGGCGUCUUCACCGCGACCUUCCGCCCGGACCCAAGCCUCGCUGGUGGGACGGAGGCGCUCGUCAGUCCCGUCAGCUUCCCCGCGGGCUACGACGUCGCGGUGGAGCCCGCCGUGCUGGCCGUGGAGCGGCGGCCCGAGGCGGCCCGCGUCCUGCUCACGCCCCUGGCCAACGCGUCGGCGUCACAGGUGGUGACUGUCACCAUCACGCGCCGGAGCCCCGGCGCCGCCAAGGCCGCCGAGGUGCUGGUGGUGUAG